AGAAACCAUGUAUUUAUGUGCACUGUGCAGCAGACAGAAUGAGAAUGAUCGGUAUCAUCUCACUCCUAGUUGCUAUCACUGCAAUCUCAGCAGUGCCCACCCCAAAUGAGUGUCCGAGGAUCAUGUCAGAUGCGGGGUUAACGAGUGGUUUUUGCUCCUAUGGUAGCUCACUCCAUCCACUCCCUGGCUUUGGAGGACAUCCGUUAUUACUUCAAGAGUGAUGCUACCGAGGAGAACGGCAUCCCGACAGUGAACUUUGAUCUGGGAGCUGAGAAGAGAGUCGUUCCUAACGCCCCACUGGUAGGAUACGAUGAGGACUUCUCUACAAUUGGCAUGAGGAGCUUUGACUUGGUAAUGCGGAACAUGAACCGAACCGGCUGGGGGUCAAGGAACCAAAACAUCUUAGUGAAGUUAACCCACGUUCUUCACAUGUCGGAGAUGUGGGAUAGUGUCGCUCGGAGCUACAAGAUGAUCGCGCGGCUUUUGGACCCGCAGUCAGAUAUUUGCGCUUGUGUGACAGACGUUGAGAAUAACGAUGUGCUGAAUUAUCUUCAUUUUCUUGCUUUCAAGCUACGAUACCCUGGAAUUACUUCGGGAAAUGAAACUAUUACCGCUCGUUAUUUGUCCAAAGAGGGAAGAGCUAAACGAAGCAUGGAUGAAGAGUAUGAUUACGACUACGAUUUUUGCUGGGGGGAUAAUUCCAAUAUUGACUAUCUGAGGACUCCUCGCCCAGAUUUCCGUAAACUGGACUUCGACCUCGGUGAUUUGGAGAUACUGGAGGAUGUAGCAAAAGUAAUGACUGACGGUGACGAAGGAACAGCCGCAGUUCUGCUGGACAGUGCGGACCACUGGGCUUGGUGGAGGGACAUGGUUAAGGGGCUGAACAUGGGCGAGGCUGGCUACUAUGAUAUCGCUGUUUUCAUGUUCUGUUCGCUCAAUUAAACGGAGCAAAUAUGUUGAACCUUUUGAACGCGAGCGUCACGUUUGGUAGUGUUACGCAUGCAUAAUCAUGAUGAUGACUUAAAAGUAUAAUUGAAUUUAAAUUAAUUUAUUGUUGGGCAAGUUAAAACUAUAAGAAGAGCCAGUGUCGUAACGAAGGGCCCCGGGCAACGUUACGCCACUGAGAGGAGCUGAUUCUUGUAAUUUUAUCUCAUCAGUAAGUUCUUGAAAGGAAACUUUUUAUUGGUUAAAACAA